AUGAACAAUGUUGUAACUCAUAUCUUUCAGUGUUCACCAUUUUCUGAAAAAGAACUACGCGAACGCAUUGCGGGCGAUCUCUACAACCACUACUCAACCCCAGAACCUUGGAAGCUGGUUGAAGAUGAUGUAAAUAGUAUUUCUUGGUAUUACGAAGAACUCCAUCGGAAAAAUUUUAGGUUCGGUCAGCGCUGCAACGACUCCGUCUGA